AUGUCUCACCAAUCGAUAAAAAACGAAGUUCAAUCUAAGCUAAGACGUUACGAAGAUUUGAACGAUAGAAGAUGUCUUGUAGAAGUUGUUGAAAUUAUAUUCAAAAAUGCUGUUAGCAACCCGGAACUUAUUCCACUAUUGAUUGGUAUUUGCAAAAAUCACGUGUCAGAUGAUUUUAUUAUCAAGUUCUCUGAAAAAGCUGAAUCUUCUUUGAGAAGAAUUUUGAGUUCAGAAAGAAGAAAUAUGAUGAGAAAUGAGGAUAGAAAUAUUAUGUGAGUAUUUUUUUAUAAUUUUGAAAUUCACUAAAAAAAUUUCAGUCAACUCGUUGGUCAAUUAUUCAUCAAUAAUUUGAUGUCAAUUGAUAUUAUAAAAAAGUUUAUACAUAAUCUGUUUCAAUCAAUUCAAGGUGAGUUUUACAACACUCCACGAUUACACCUUCAACAAUUUUUUAGAUCCCACAAAAUGGAGUUUAGCAAAUGAAUCGAAUGUUCAAUUAGGAAUUGUUUUAAUAAGAAAUAUUGGAUGUGUUAUUGAUAUUAGUGAAAAUGGUCCGAUUCAUUUUUGGUUUGGAAUAUUGGAACAUGUUGAACCAUUUCUUGGAAAUAAAACACGAGAAAUGAUCAAUGAUUUGAUGAAAUUACGAAAAAAUGGAUGGAAUCGAGAGAAGGAAAUUGAUGAGAAAAAUGCAAGAAUCAAUGAAUUGGAACAAGAAGUUGGGAAUUUUAAAAUACGUGCAUUGACUGAACAACAAAGACAAAUUGAUAGAGGGGACAAUCAACAAUUCCGAAACAUCAACAAAGAAUUGGAAAAUCAAGUAACAUUGUUGAACAAUAAAUUGAGAGCUAAAAAAAUUGAAUUUGAAAAUCUCAUGCAGAUCAAUAAAAUGUAUGGUUUUUUGUGCAAGUUUCAUCAAAUUCAUCAAUAACAUUUCAGAUUGAAUUCUAACAAUGAAGAACUUGUUGAAAGUCUGAAAUUCACUCAUGUUGAAAAUGAAGAGCUGAAAACAAAACUCGAAAGUUUCAAGUCGGAAGUGCAAAUUCAAAUGACCGCGGGGAAUGCGGAAUUCCUCAAACUGCGAAAAAGAAUCAGGGAACUUGAAGCCCAAAACGUUGUCAGAGAAGUUUAUGUUGAAGAAGAGGAUGACGAAGAAACCCAGGCUCAACCAUCAACCAGUAAUCUAUGUGCAGCUCAUCAGUUGCAAAAUACAAUUCGUCAACUGCAACAUGGACAAGUGGCGUGAGUUCGAGAGGGAAAUUUUGACUUGAUUUUUAUUUUUUUAUUUCAGAAAUGAAGAUGAAACUGCAAUGUAUUUAUAUAAUCUCAUAUAUAAUUUGAAAUGA